AUGGAUAAUCUUCACCAUUGUAGUUCUAUUUCUACAAGAUCCUUAGUGCAAAAGAAAGCUGAUCCGAGAGCAUUUACUAUCCCAUGUAGUAUUGGAUCGCUGAAUUUUGCUAAGGCCCUAUGUGACCUUGGGGAAAGUAUUAAUAUAAUUCCACUGGAAGUUUACAAGAAGUUGGGUUUAGGAAACCCUACACCCACCAACAUAAUACUUGUGAUGGCAGACAGAUCAGUGAAGAGGCCAGUUGAGAUAUUAUUUGAUGUGCUUGUGAAAGUAGCCAGUUUUAUCUUCCCUACUGACUUUAUGAUCCUGGAUUUCAAGGUGGACUUUAAGGUACCCAUAAUCUUGGGUAGACCUUUCCUCACAACUGGGAGUGUAUUGAUUGACUUGCAGACUAGUGAGCUAAAAUUUAGGCUCAAUGAUGAUGUGGUCAGUUUUAAUGUCUGCAAAUUAAUGAAGCAGCAAAAGAAGAUAAGUGUAUUCUCGAUUGUUGAUGUGUAUUAUGAAGAUGACCAAGACGUGCCGAUUGAGGAAAAAUUUAGCAUGGAAAUAUUGGUUGCUGUGUUGAUGAACUUCGAUAGAGAGAGUAUCGAAGAAUAUAAGGAGACGGUAUGUGCGCUGAUAGGAAAGGGAUCAUAUUCAUAUGCUCCUAAAAAGCUAUAUUUGGACCUCAAAAAUCAUCCAACACCACCGACUAAGCCAUCUAUUGAAGAGCCAUUGGUGUUGGAACUAAAAGAGCUAUCGAGCCAUCUACGAUAUGUGUUUCUAGGAAGUGGAAACACCUUACCUGUGAUUAUUGUAGCAGACUUGGGUGAGCAGUAG